CGGCGCCCCAGGUGGGGACCGACCGGCCGUUUCCAGGCCCCCCGGGGGCAGGGGCGCUGGAGAACCCCGGCGUGGACCAUGGCGGUGAGAUUCCAGGUCCUGGACAUGGAGGAGAUGACCAUUUGGGAACAGCACACAGCCACGCUCUGCAAGGACCCCCGGCGGGGCUUCGGCAUUGCAAUCUCUGGGGGCCGAGACCGGCCCAGCGGGUCCGUGGUUGUGUCUGAUGUGGUGCCAGGCGGACCGGCUGAGGGCCGACUGCAGAUGGGGGACCACAUCGUCAUGGUGAAUGGGGUCUCCAUGGAGAGUGUCACCUCUACCUUUGCCAUUCAGAUACUCAAGACCUGCGCCAAGUUGGCCAACAUUACGGUCAAGCGUCCCCGGAAGAUCCAGCUGCCUGCCACCAAGGCCGGCCCCUCGGGGGGACAUCAGGACUCGGACGGGGAGGCUGACCACGGCCGGGGCUACGAGGGGGACACGUCCAGCGGGUCCGGCCGCUCCUGGGGCGAGCGCUCCCGCCGGCAGCGGACGGGCCGCCGGAGCCGGGCCGGCAGCCGCGGGCACAGGAGCCCGGGCGGCAGGGCUGAGGCCAACGGGCUGGCCCUGGUGUCUGGCUAUAAGCGGCUGCCGCGGCAGGACGUGCAGAUGAGGCCGGUGAAGGCCGUGCUGGUGCGGAGGAGAGAGAGCGAAGAGUUCGGGGUCACCCUGGGCAGUCAGAUCUUCAUCAAGCACAUCACUGAGUCGGGCGUGGCAGCCAGGAACCGUGGGCUACGGGAGGGAGACCUCAUUCUCCAGAUCAACGGGGUGUCCAGCAAGAAUCUGUCCCUGAGCGACACGCGGCGACUGAUCGAGAGGUCGGAAGGGACGCUGACUCUGCUGGUGCUCCGGGACCGAGAGCAGUUCCUGGUGAACAUCCCGCCGGCCGUCAGCGGCAGCGAGAGCUCUCUCCUGGACGACAUCUCAGACCUCGGCUCAGAACUCUCCCAGGCGCCGCCUUCCCAUGUCCCACCGCCACCCCAGCACGCGCGGCGGAGCUCCGAUGCCAGCUGGGCCCACUCCCCCGAGGACAGCCCCCGGCUUCGGAGGGACAGCUCAGUGGGUUCCAGAACGGUCUCGGAAACAGACGCCCCCAGGCAGAGCGGCUAUGACCUCCACAGGGUGCCCAGCGGCCAGAGUGCAGAGGACCGUGGGUACAGCCCCGACUGGAGGGUGGUCCGCUUCCCCAAGGGCUCCACCAUCGGGCUGCGGCUGGCGGGCGGCAAUGACGUGGGCAUCUUCGUGUCGGGGGUGCAGGAGGGCAGCCCGGCGGACGGGCAGGGCAUCCAGGAGGGCGACCAGAUUCUGCAGGUGAACGACGUGCCCUUCAGGAACCUGACCCGGGAGGAGGCCGUGCAGUUCCUGCUGGCACUGCCGCCGGGCGAGGACGUGGAGCUGGUCACGCAGCAGAAGCAGGACAUCUUCCGGAAGAUGGUGCAAUCCCGCGUGGGCGACUCCUUCUACAUCCGCACGCACUUCGAGCUGGAGGCCAGCCCGCCAUCAGGCCUGGGCUUCACCCGAGGGGACGUGUUCCACGUGCUGGACACGCUGCACCCCGGCCCCGGGGAAAGCCGCGCCCGCGGGGGCCACUGGCUGGCGGCGCGCAUGGGCCGCGACCUCCGGGAGCAGGAGCGGGGCAUCAUCCCCAACCAGAGCAGGGCCGAGCAGCUGGCCACCCUGGAAGCCGCCCAGCGCGCCGUGGGGGCCGGGCCGGGCGCCUCUGCGGCCUCCAACGCGCGGGCCGAGUUCUGGCGGCUGCGGGGUCUCCGUCGAGGGGCCAAGAAGUCCGGCCAUCAGAGCCGCGAGGACCUGUCAGCGCUGACCAAGCAGGGUCACUACCCGCCGUAUGAACGCGUGGUGCUUCGGGAAGCCAGCUUCAAGCGCCCAGUGGUGAUCCUGGGCCCCGUGGCAGACAUCGCCAUGCAGAAGUUGGCCGCGGAGAUGCCUGACCAGUUCGAAAUUGCAGACAGCGUGUUGAGGACCGACGGCCCCUCCAAGAUCAUCAAGCUGGACACCGUGCGCAUGAUCGCGGAGAAGAACAAGCACGCGCUCCUGGACGUGACGCCGUCGGCGGUGGAGCGCCUCAACUACGUGCAGUACUACCCCGUCGUGGUCUUCUGCGCCCCCGAGAGCCGCGCGGCGCUCAAGGCCCUCCGCCGCUGGCUGGCGCCCGCCUCCCGCCGCAGCACCCGCCGCCUCUACGCGCAGGCGCAGAAGCUGCGCAAGCACAGCGAGNCCCUCCCCACAGCCACCAUCCCCCUGCAGGGCCCGAGCGACGCCUGGUACCAGGAGCUCAAGGCCGUCAUCCGCGAGCAGCAGACCCGGCCCAUCUGGACUGCGGAGGACCAGCUGGACAGCUCCUCUGGGGACGACCUGGAGCUCCCCCACCGCGGCCUGGCCGACAGCUCUGCGGACCUGAGCUGUGACAGCCGGGUCAACAGCGACUACGAGACAGAUGGGGACGGCUACACGGAUGGCUACACGGACGGCGAGGGCGGGCCCCACACGGACAUGGACGAGGGCCCCGCCGUGCCAGCUCUGGCCCGGUCCUCGGAGCCCGUGCUGGCGGAUGAGCCCCAGAGCCCAGGGGGUCAGGGGACAGCCUCGGAUCCCCGAGGAGCCCAGGUGGAUCGCCACCCCCGCCACGGUCAGCGGCGACAGGACAGUGUGCGGACAUACGGGCAGGAAGCUCUGAAGAAAAAGUUCACACGAGCUCGAGAUGUGGAGUCCUCUGACGAAGACGGCUAUGACUGGGGCCCGGCCACCGACCUGUGACCCCCCCCCCACCCCGGGUGGCCGUGCUCCCUUUUCCUCCCUGGCGCUGGGACUCGGUUUCCAGCACAGAGCCUAGAAGCCCACCUCUUUCUGCCCAUCUUUAAUAAAUAGAGUAUUUUCACAGCA